ACUUACAGGACAAGCCUUCAGGAUGAGAAACGGCGCCUGGAGGCAAGAAUUGCACAACUGGAGGAAGAGCUAGAAGAGGAACAGGGCAACAUGGAAGCCAUGGGCGAUCGCAUGAGGAAAGCAGUACAGCAGGCUGAGCAGCUGAACAAUGAGCUAGCAACAGAGCGCGCCACUGCACAGAAGAAUGAAAGUGCUCGGCAGCAACUGGAGAGGCAGAACAAAGAGCUGAAGAGCAAACUGCAGGAGAUGGAGGGAGCUGUGAAGUCCAAAUUCAAAGCCACAAUUGCUGCUCUGGAGGCCAAAAUUGCUUCUCUUGAAGAACAAUUGGAACAGGAAGCCAGGGACAAGCAGGUUGCAGCCAAGACGUUACGCCAGAAGGACAAGAAGCUGAAGGACGCAUUGCUGCAGGUGGAGGAUGAAAGAAAGCAGGCGGAGCAGUACAAAGAACAGGCCGAGAAGGGCAACACACGACUCAAGCAACUGAAAAGGCAACUGGAGGAGGCUGAGGAAGAGUCCCAGCGUAUCAACGCUAACCGCAGGAAGCUACAGAGAGAGCUGGAUGAAGCAACUGAGAGUAAUGAAGCCCUGGGCCGGGAGGUUGCGUCACUGAAGAGCAAGCUCAGGAGGGGAAAUGAGCCUGUAUCUUUUGCCCCCCCACCCCGUCGAUCUGGAGGCAGAAGAGCAAUUGAGAAUGCAACAGAAGGAGCCGAAGAAGUCGAUGCACGAGAUGGAGAUAUCAAUGGAACAAAAGCCAGUGAAUAAACAACACGCUUAAAAAUUGCACUGCAGCAAGGGGAGGGAGGAUGGUAUUUAGCACUGUAUAAGUCUACUCUUACUGUCAAGAUCACAUACACCCACUCCUCUGAUGAUAAAAGCACAGCUGCCUUCUCUCCAGUGUAUAGAUUGAAGUACUGCAAAAACUUUUUUUUCCAU